AUGUCUUCACAAUCUCACAUCCCGUACGCAGUGCGGGCGAGCCGGCAUAGCAAUCCACUAGCUAGACAGCUAUUCCAAAUUGCAGAAGAAAAGAAAUCAAAUGUUGUGGUUUCCGCUGAUGUAACCACCUCGAAAGAGCUGCUAGACCUGGCCGAUCGCCUAGGACCCUACAUCACCGUUUUAAAAACCCACAUCGACAUCCUCACCGACCUCUCCCCGACGACCCUCACCAGCCUAAAAUCCCUCGCAAGCAAACAUCGCUUCCUCCUCUUUGAAGACCGCAAAUUCGUCGACAUCGGCAGCACCGUCCAAAAGCAAUACCACGGCGGCUCCCUCCGUAUCUCCGAAUGGGCUCACAUCGUGAACUGCGCCAUGCUCGCUGGGCCCGGCAUCGUCGACGCUCUGGCGCAAACUGCUUCAACCCCUGAGUUCCGCAGUGUAUACGCUAAUGAGGUGGAGGGUGGUCGCGCCCUGCUGAUACUUGCGGAGAUGACAUCCAAGGGCUCGAUGGCGACGGGCGCUUACACGCAGCUCUCCGUGGAGGCGGCGAGGAGGCAUAGGGCGUUUGUGCUGGGCUUUGUGGCUACGAGGGCGCUUAAUGAUGUGCUGCCUGUUUCUACGGUCGAUGGCGACGAGGAGGACUUUGUUGUCUUCACGACUGGGGUGAGUCUAUCGGCGAGUGGGGAUGCACUGGGGCAGCAGUAUCAGACUCCCGCAUCGGCUGUGGAGAGGGGGGCGGAUUUUAUCAUUUCUGGUCGCGGCAUUUAUGCGGCGGAGGAUCCGCUGGAGGCUGUUCUGAGGUAUCGGGAGGAGGGGUGGAAGGCGUAUUUGGAGAGAGUGAAGGGGUGGAAGGCGUGA